AUGCGUAAUCUCAUUACCUUAAAUAAGGGUAAAUUCAAACCAAUAGCAUCUACUGCGGAAGUUGAUGGAGAUGAUGUACCUUUCACUUUAUUGGAUUCAGUGUUUGAUACGAUAUCUGAUAGUAUAACGUGUGUACUUGGUUCCAUAGAUAUUGGCGCUAUUGAGGUGCAACAAUUCAUGAAGGAUGGUUCUAGAAAUGUUUUGGCUUCAUUUAACAUCCAGACCUUUGAUGACAAAUUAUUAUCUUUUAUUCACUUUGCAGAUAUCAACCAGCUAGUGUUCGUCUUCGAACAAGGUGAUAUCAUUACAGCCACUUAUGAUCCUGUCAGUUUGGAUCCUACUGAAACUUUGAUUGAAAUUGUAGGUACCAUAGACAAUGGGAUAGCAGCCGCACAGUGGUCCUAUGAUGAAGAAACACUAGCCAUGGUGACCAAAGAUCGUAACGUUGUUGUUCUGAGCAAAAUGUACGAACCCAUAUCCGAGUACCAUCUAGAAGUGGAUGAUCUUAAAAUGUCGAAACAUGUUACUGUAGGCUGGGGUAAGAAGGAAACUCAGUUUAGAGGUAAGGGAGCGCGCGCUAUGGAAAGAGAAGCAUUGGCUAGUUUGAAGGCAUCUGGCUUGGUUGGUAAUCAAUUAAGAGAUCCAACUAUGCCUUAUAUGGUAGAUGCUGGGGAUGUUACUACUUUGGACAGCCGUGAAGUCACGAUUUCUUGGAGAGGCGAUUGUGAUUAUUUUGCUGUGUCUUCUGUUGAAGAAGUACCAGACGAAGAUGAUGAAACAAAAUCUUUAAAAAGAAGAGCGUUCAGAGUCUUUUCACGUGAAGGCCAAUUAGAUAGUGCCUCUGAGCCGGUCACAGGAAUGGAACAUCAGCUGAGUUGGAAACCCCAGGGAUCUUUGAUUGCAUCCAUACAAAGGAGGACCGAUUUUGGUGAUGACGAUUCAGUAGAUUUAAUUUUCUUCGAGCGAAAUGGUUUGAGGCAUGGGGAAUUUGAUACAAGAUUACCGUUUGAUGAGAGGAUAAAAAGUGUGUGUUGGAAUAGUAACUCUGAAGCGUUAGCGAUUGUAUUGGUGGAUCGUAUUCAAUUAUGGAUAUCUAAAAAUUACCAUUGGUAUCUAAAACAAGAAUUAUAUGCUAGUGACAUUUCAUACGUCAAAUGGCAUCCAGAAAAGGACUUUACUUUGAUGUUUUCUGAUAACGGAUCUGUCAACAUUGUUGAUUUUGCCUACAAGGUGGCACAGGGCCCAACGUUAGAACCAUUCGAUAACGGUACCUCUCUUGUCAUUGAUGGAACGACUGUGAAUAUCACUCCCUUGGCUCUAGCUAAUGUCCCUCCGCCAAUGUACUAUCGUGAUUUUGAAACUCCAGGCAAUGUCUUGGAUGUUGCAUGCAGUUUGUCAAAUGAAAUAUAUGCAGCCAUCAAUAAGGAUGCUUUAAUAUUUGCAUCCGUAGCCAGUAUUGAAGAAAUGAAAAAGGGCAAGCACCCGAAUGUGGUCUGUGAAUUCCUUAAAUCUGAAUUUACAAGUGAAGUUGACUGUCUAAGGCAAGUUGCGUUUAUUAACGAUUCCAUAGUCGGUGUGCUGCUUGACACAGACAACCUUUCAAGAAUAGCACUUUUGGAUAUUCAGGAUAUUACUCAACCAACUCUGAUAACUAUUGCGGAGGUUUAUGAUAAAGUUGUCUUAUUAAGAAGUGAUUUUGAUUAUAACCAUUUGGUAUAUGAAACUCGCGAUGGUACAGUUUGUCAAUUAGAUGCGGAAGGACAAUUGAUGGAAAUCACCAAGUUUCCUCAGUUGGUACGUGAUUUCAAAGUAAAGAGAGUCCAUAAUAUAUCGUCAGAAGAUGGUGGCAACUGGUCUUCGGAAAGUUCUGAAUUAGUUGCAUUCGGUAUCACGAAUAAUGGUAAGUUAUUUGCAAAUCAAGUUCUCCUGGCUUCUGCGGUUACUUCUUUAGAAAUCACUGAUUCCUUUUUGCUCUUCACUACAGCACAACAUAAUUUACAGUUUGUGCAUUUGAAUUCCACUGAUUUUAAGCCUCUGCCUUUGGUAGAAGAAGGUGUUGAAGAUGAAAGAGUUCGUGCCAUUGAAAGAGGUUCCAUUUUAGUGUCUGUCAUCCCAUCCAAAUCUUCCGUUGUAUUGCAGGCCAUACGUGGCAAUUUAGAAACAAUUUAUCCAAGAAUCAUGGUACUAGCUGAAGUCAGAAAAGAUAUUAUGGCGCAGCGCUAUAAAGAAGCAUUCGUUGUCUGUCGUACACACAGAAUUAAUCUUGAUAUCUUAUACGACUACGCGCCUAAGCUAUUUAUUGAAAACUUAGAACUAUUUAUUAACCAAAUCGAAAGGGUCGAUUAUCUCAAUUUAUUUAUUUCCUGUUUGUCAGAGGAUGACGUCACGAAGACAAAAUACAAAGAAACUCUUUAUUCAGGGAUUUCAGAGUCAUUUGGAGUGGAACCAGCAUCACUCACUGAAAUGCAAAUUUACAUGAAGAGAAAAAUGUUUGACCCUAAAACCUCUAAAGUGAAUAAAAUUUGUGAUGCGGUGCUAAAUGUUUUAUUGAACAAUCCUGAAUAUAAGAAAACGUACUUGCAGACGAUUAUUACUGCAUAUGCAUCUCAAAACCCUCAAAACUUAUCGGAUGCAUUAAAACUAAUCAGUGAACUGAAAGACCCAGAGGAGAAAGAUUUCUGUGUAACCUACUUAUGUUUCCUGCAAGAUGUCAAUGUGGUUUAUAAGGUAACACUGUCUCUUUAUGAUGUCAAUUUAGCAUUAUUAGUUGCUCAAAAAUCACAGAUGGAUCCUCGUGAGUACUUACCAUUUUUGCAGGAACUGCAAAAUAACGAACCUUUACGUCGUAAGUAUUUGAUUGAUGACUACUUGGGAAAUUAUGAAAAGGCAUUAGAACAUCUGUCUGAGAUUAAGAAAGAAGAAAUUAUUUCGGAAGAAGUCAUAGACUAUGUUGAAUCACAUGGACUAUAUAAAUAUGCUUUAGCACUUUACCGUUAUGAUUCGAAGAAACAAAAUGUCAUUUACGAUAUUUACGCCAAGUAUUUGUCCUCUAAUCAAAUGUACACGGAUGCGGCGGUAGCUUAUGAAAUGCUAGGGAAGUUCAAGGAGGCAAUGAAAGCAUAUGAAUCGGCUAAAAAGUGGCGUGAAGCCAUGACCGUUGCCGUUCAGAAGUUCCCAGAGGAAGUUGAGACAAUUGCAGAAAAUUUGGUUUCUUCUUUGACUUUCGAGCACAGGUAUGUGGAUGCUGCUGAUAUUCAACUAGAAUAUUUGGACGACCUCAAAGAAUCUGUGACCUUGUACUGUAAGGCCUAUAGAUAUGAUAUUGCAUGCCUCGUGACACUCAAAGCAAAGAGGAAAGAACUUUUGGAAGAGGUGGUCGAUCCUGGUUUGGGUGAAGGUUUUGGUAUAAUUGCCGAAUUGCUUGCCGAUUGUAAAGGCCAGAUAAACUCUCAAUUAAGAAGAUUGAGAGAGCUGCGCGCUAAGAAAGAGGAGAAUCCAUAUGCCUUCUAUGGUCAGGAAACUGACCAAGCUGAUGAUGUCUCCAUUGCUCCUUCUGAAACGUCGACGCAAGAAUCAUUUUUCACAAGAUACACGGGCAAAACUGGAGGAACCGCAAAGACUGGUGCUUCCAGACGUACGGCAAAAAACAAGCGUAGGGAAGAACGUAAGCGUGCUCGUGGUAAAAAGGGGACCAUCUACGAAGAGGAGUAUUUGGUGCAAUCAGUGGGAAGGCUAAUUGAGAGAUUAAACCAAACGAAGCAAGACGCUGUGAGAGUUGUUGAAGGUCUUUGUAGACGAAAUAUGAGGGAACAAGCUCACCAAAUUCAAAAGAAUUUUGUUGAAGUGCUCGAUUUGUUGAAGGCAAACGUUGAAGAAAUCUAUUCUAUUAGCGAAAAGGACAGAGAAAGGGUUAACGAAAAUGGAGAAGUUUACUACAUCCCGGAAAUUCCCAUUCCUGAGAUCCACGAUUUCCCCAAAAGUCAAAUUGUUGAUUUUUGA